CCAUCUGUUGGAGAUUUUGCUGUCAUGUCGAAUCAUCAAUAAAUCAUUUCUCCCUUGAUAUUUUUGUGUUUAUCUGAGGAAGUGCCACUAAAAAUGUGAAUUUUCCAGUGUUUUCUUCAGUUUUCCCUUUUAUUUUCCUUAAUUUUUGAGUUCAUUUAAGUUUCUUCAGUGUGUAACAGUGGAAAUUAGGAGUUAUUUGGAUGGAAUACCAGUGAAAAUCCUCAUGACAUACAUCUUCAUCAUCACGAACAAUCAACAAAGCAAUAGGUUAAAAAAUACUCAGAACUAGAUGGCUCAGAACAGUGUGGCCAGUCCACCAAUGUCUCCUCUGUCACCACAAACAUCAGCCGGACCAUCCCCAUCAACUUCCAGCGGUGCCACAUUGUCCCCCAACCAACUAAAACUCCAGGCACUGAAGCAGAAAAAGGCAGAUUUGGAAAAGAAAUUGGCAGAGAAGAAUAGCCAGUUGCAGGAGAUUUGCCGGAAAGAAGCUCAAUUGAUUGGAAUUUAUCCAGUGGCUGGUGAUGGAAGCCAACAGACAUCAGCUACAUUGCCGAGAAAAGUGGGAACGAGCUUCAAACUCUCGGAGAUUCUGAUAAAUAACAAGGAGGAUGAUGUCAAUAAUCUUCUGCUGCAGAAGCAGCUGCAGCAGCAAAUCUGCAAAGCUUCUCAGAAGCUGAUGAGUGACACGAGUCAACCAAAGUCUGUGAGACGCACCCACAAGGCCAACUAUGAGGCUGCCCAUCAGAAACUCCUGGCUAUCAAUCACACCCUGGCACUCAUCAAGAGGCGACAGUACCAGCAGCACGCUGAGGAGAGUCCGGCAAUGCGCAGAAACAGUGUGGGCAGCGCUAAUACGCGUUCCAAGACAGCCAGCAUCAAUUCAGACAGCUCGGGCAAUAUCAAUGGGAGUGAAGGGGCUCUCAAUGAUCCCUAUCACCAUCUCCAUCAUUCACCAACAAAGAGCGUAGCCUCCUUUCCAGGUGCUGGUCUCCACGGGAGUCGCAAGCACAGCAAUACAUCCCAGUACUAUUCCACGUUUCAGGGUCACAUGCAACCUUCAGUUGAUUCGCAUGAUUUCUACUACAACAAUCAUCACAUCAAGCACCGAUCGGCAAUUCUACUGCAGCAGCAGCAGCAACAGCAGCAGCAGCAGCAGCACCAAAAUCUACUAUUGUAUUACGUAGAUGAGCCUCAGAUUUACCUGCAACCACCAGAUUUGUUCUGUGACCAAUUUGUGGAACCGAGCAGACCUCCAACGGCUUUCCAGCAUCAGCAAAUGGUUCAGCAGCCUCAGGCGGAUUUUGAAGGAGGAGGUGCUUUUGGGGUGUCAGGAUUGGGCGGUUACUGGGCCUUGAAUGAGAACAACGAGAGGAUUUGGUGUCCAAUGGAGAGAUUCUCGAGCCUGGACAGGAACAAACAACAGAACCGCACAGCGAGAAUGAGUCACAAUGUCACGCCGACAAAAUCCACAAGUUUGGGCAACUUUGACUUCCUGACCAAACACGAUGUAGACACGAUGUCUCUGUCGUCGCUGAACAGCGAAAAGAAGCAGCAGCUGCGCGAGAAAGUCUGGUGCGAAACCUCCCUCGACAGUGUCGUGCUGAAGACCAAGACUCACUCGCGUCCGGUGCCUCCGAUUCCGGCUGAGGAGCGUAGCAAGGAGAACAUCUAUCAGAAUCACAGUGAAGUGGCACUCGAGAGAUCUCUCAGUCAGGCUCCAUUUGACCAUCGACCUCCUCCGUUGCCGCCAACAUCUUCCUCAACGGCCAAGAGUUCCGGUGUCCAGAGGACAGGAUCUAGCAUCAGCAAGGCGGCUGAGAUUCGGAUUGAAUCGCCGAAGAAUGUGACGGUGGUGCAACAAGCCAAAUUUAUGCCAUACAAGGAGGUGUCUAAGCCUUUUGAGAUGAGUGAUUUUUACAAAUAUUCCACGAAGUUCCGGCAGAAAGUGAUGCUGGGAGAAGUUAAUGUGGCCCCGGACAGCAACAAUACAUCAGACAGUCAGAUCCAGAAGGGCGUCUAUCAGCCACCAAAUUCCUCCAUUUGCCACCCAAUCACCUAUCAAUGACGUCAGCAUGGACUGUAAGUAAGACUUUUAUUUUACUUCUUUCGAUUCGUCCUUUUUAUUUUAAGGGAUUCUCCUUAGAUUGUAAUGCAUUAUUUUAUAAUGUCUCCUGACUUUUUUUUUAAAUGACACCCUUUCUGAGUAAUAAAUUAUUUUCUGUAAGAAAAA